UUUACUCAUUUCAUGAUUCCACUUGUGUAACACGCGUGUGGUUAUCGUUCGUCGCCGAAAAGCACAGUUCAUUCAGUAAAUCAAAAAUUUUUUGGUUUAAUUUUCUGAGUCAUCGACGAAGAGGAGCUGCACUUCUGCACACCUUUGAGCAGCAGUAUGAUGCAGGCAGGAGUCUGUCUGAGGCAGGACACUGAGACAACACUACCAGAGCUCACUGAGCAGCACAGGAUCAGACUGAAAGAAGAGGAACUCAGUGGACUGGAGUCAGAGACAGAGUGUGCUGCACCAGGACUCAACACACUGGAGCCAGAGUGUGUUACAGCACACAGCAGGGUCAGUGAUGGACACCACACACACACAUCAGUGAUAAAAACAGAAGCGGAUCUGGGCUCCACCCACACUGGGGAUCUUAUUAAGACGGAGAGCCCUGAAAGGACAGAGCUGGGAUAUGAAACCCAUCUGCAUCCUGACCAAAUCAAAACAGAGGCUGAAGAUGGAGGAUACCAUAAGGCAGAACACAUCAGUGACUUGCAGGAUAUUGAAUGUGUUGAUAUUAAUUCUGAUCAAAUGAAGUGUGAAUGUAGUGAAAGUUUAGUGAGUGAUCUCAUGAACACUGUGAUGGAUGGAGCUGGUGUUGAUCUCAAAGAUCAGACUGAACCAUGGCAAUGUGCAGAAGAGACAAGCCCAUACUGUAAAAAAGAAGAAAUUCAUCAUCUGUCAACCCAAUACAGAGACCUGAAUCAUGACUGCAAUAUAAACAAUGAAAAUAACCAGACCAGAACUGUCCAGAAACUGACAAAUGGUAUAAUGAUUCCAAGACAAAGUGAAAUUCAUGCAGAUAAAAACAAGUACAGGUGUACACAGUGUGGGAAAUGUUUUAAUAGCAAAUCUGCCUUUAAUGUACACGUACAAAUUCAUACAGGUGAAAAGCUAUACAAGUGUACACAGUGUGCGAAGUGUUUUUGCACAAAAUCAGUUUUAAAUAAACACCUGAAAAUUCAUACAUGUGAAAAGCCUUACAAGUGUACACAGUGUGAGAAGUGCUUUUCCACACAAACUUUUUUAAAUCGCCACCAGAUAGUUCAUUCAGAUGAGAAACCUGCCAAAUGUUCUCAGUGUGGGAAGUGCUUUUCCAAAAAGUCUCAUUUAAAUCGCCACCAGAAAUUUCAUACUGGUGAAAAGCCCUACAAAUGUACUCUGUGUGGGAAGUGCUUUUACACUAUAUCGAGUUUACAUAUCCACCAGAGAAUACAUACAGGUGAGAAGCCCCACGAAUGUACUCAGUGUGGGAAGUGCUUUUGUACAAUAUCUCAUUUAAAUUACCACCGGAGAUGUCAUACAGGAGAAAAGCCCUACAAAUGUCCUCGGUGUGGGAAGGGUGUUUCCUCAGUAACUAAUUUACAUGUCCACCUGAGAAUUCAUACAGGUGAAAAGCCCUACAAGUGUAGUCAGUGUCAGAAGUGCUUUUCCUCAGUAUCUAAUUUAAAUGUCCACCAGAGAAUCCAUACAGGUGAAAAACCCUACAAGUGUACACUGUGUGAGAAAUGUUUUACUACAAAGUCAGAUUUAAAAAGACACCUAGGAAUUCAUACAGAUGAAAAGCCUUUUGUUUGGACUUGAAGAACAGAAUUUUAAAACAUCAUUAUGAAAAGCCUAUUAUUGUCGGAAAUGAUUUAUGAAAGUGUGUAUUGUGACGUAGGCCUCUUUUUGUAGGAGGUGUUCAUCCAAUGAAAAAAAAAUCCCUUCAUAUUGUUUCAUAAAACACCUGAUAAUAUAAAUUACAAGGCCUUUAAAUGUACUUUGGAAGAUUUGUCUGUCUUGAGGGACCACUGUGUAUGCUGGUUUUCCAAUGUAUUAUUAUUUUUUUUAACAAUCUGUUAUUUUUUCAUAAUUGGGUGCUUUUCUUAAUCGGGGGAGAUUUGUAGGCCAGUGUUGUUGUAA